AUGGCAUCUCUAGGAAGAAAGAAUCAAUCAUUAAGUAGAUCCAAUGAAGCCAGUGACAGCAUACUGUCCCGAGUCUCGGAUUCUUCGAUCGUGAGGAAAGGCAAGAGCGCCGCGUGUGACGCGGCAUAUGUGGCGAAGCGCCUAAUGAAGAGCACGGGCAAGGCCGCAUGGAUCGUGGCCACCUCCGUCUCUUCUUGGCACCCCGGCUUCCCAGCCUUCCAUCAUGAGCCCCUCCUUCUAAAUAUGCAUUCUCUCACAAUAUUUACCCCCUUGAACAAUUUCAAUGGUACAAGCUUAGCAAAAGAGAAACUGGAUCUAGUGUUAUUAGUGGCUUUCGCCUGUCUAGACGCAGGUUUGAGAUUCUUUACUUGUUUCGAAUGUAUGCUGUUUAGAUUAAGUUCUUGUAGAACCUUCAAAAGGCGAAGAAUCUUUGAGUGA